CUUCCGUUUUAAAACAUUACGCACUUUCUCAAAAAUUCUUUAAAUACUAAAUUUUAUAACUCUUCACAAAUAAAUUAAAUAAUAAAGAACGCUUAGGAUUAAAUAAAUCUUCAAUAAUAAAAUACCGUGGUAGGAAGUUCAUUGUAGGCAUUGGCAAAGGCAUGGCGCUGCUUGAAGCCUUUCGGGCAAACUGGCUAAUAGCCACAUUUGGUUGCAUCUUAUUUACUGGUGGAUUGUGCCUACUCUCAUGGAAUGAAGGACGAGCGGUGCACACCAUUUUAUCACUUGAUGAAGCACUGGAUGAUGCUAUAACAUUGGACCCCAACGAAGAGCUGGAGCACAAUUACAAUAAUCGAAUAGUACAUAUGACAGGACCUAUAGUGAUUGGAGAACCGCUCACCGAACCAGAUUAUAAUAUACAAGUGUUAGCUGUGAAAUUAAAGCGUCGGGUGCAAAUGUUUCAAUGGGUAGAAGAGUCAAUGGAGCACAAUUAUGGAGAGAGUAUUGCUUCGGUCCAAACGGAAAGUCGCACAUACUACUAUUAUACGGAAUGGCGAGACAAAUUAAUCGAUUCGCGAAGUUUUUACAUACGUACGGGCCAUCAAAAUCCCGAUCGAUUCCCCAUCGAGAGUCAAACCCAAGUUGCCGAUGCAGUCUUCAUUGGAAAGUACGAACUGGGUAAUGAGAUAAAGAAUAAGUUUACAAACUAUGUGGAAUUAACCUCGGACACGAGACCAGAAGAUCCUACCAUUAAAAUGCAUUUAGGACUGUAUUACCAUACGAAUGAUGUUUUCAAUCCGGAAAUAGGCGACGUGCGUUUACUAUUUUCUUUCGCUGGUCUGGAAGGAGAAAUGUAUACGAUAGUUGGUAAAUUGGAGAAUAACAAAAUAUUACCAUAUCGCACCAGUCGCGGUGUCGACGUACUGCUAAUAUAUAGCGGAGAAUUGGGUUUAGCCGAGGUCUUUAAGCAAGAGCAUCAUGCCCAGCGGCUGACCACAUGGGGCUAUCGUUUGAUGGGUUGGGUGCUGGUUUUCUUUGGCGUUACAUGUACUUCCAGACUUUUAAAUAUUAUUUUGAAUCGUAUUCAUGUCUUGUCAGUAUUAGCGCCCGAUCCACAAUUUCCCGUUGGUGCUAACUUAAUGCUCUCACUAUCCUUUACACUAAUAAUUGCGUCAAUCGCCUGGAUUUUACAUCGACCAAUGAUCGGUGCUAGUCUAAUGUUCGCCGCAGCAUCACCUUUUGUAUGGUGUGCUCGCGGCAUGACAAAUUAUCAGCGUGUGAACUGAAAGGAGCCUAAUACAGCGCUAUGGGCAUAUAAUCACCUCAUAAGCAAGGAAGAUGAAAGCUGGUACCAUUAUACCCAUUUAAGUUUGUUAACAGCGUAUGCAUUUGCAAGAUAGAUAUUUCUGCUAGUCAUCAUAAUAGUUUUUUAAAAAGCGAUAUUUAUUUUUUUUUAUGUACAGAAAGAUAUGUAUACACACUCAAACGUGUAAAUGUAAUGGAAUAUUCGCUUUAGAGAUUCAAUCGAAAAUAAAAAAAAAAAUUCACAU